AUGGGCCUGUNUGAGAGGGGGGCCGCUUCACAGUUAAAUGGUUACGAAUUAUUAGGAACACAGAUCAGUGUUGAAUUAGCAGCUCCAAGGAAUAAUCGUCGCUUUGGUGGACGUCGUAAUUUCUCAGGGAUGGGGAGCAACAGAAAUUCUGAUUUUCCUCUGAGAAUAUUGGUGCCGCGGGAGAUGGUGGGUGCCGUAAUUGGACGCGGAGGUGAAACUGUCCGCCAGAUCACGCAGCAGUCACGGGCCAGAGUUGAUGUGCACCGUAAGGAAACCGUGCCAGGCUCAGUGGAGAAGGCCAUCACCAUCUAUGGAGCACCAGAGAACUGCACCAAAGCCUGCAAAGAAAUCAUGGCUGUUGUACAAGAGGAAGCCAACAAACAGAACAAGGGGGAGAUCCCUCUGAAGAUCCUGUGCCACAACAACCUGUGUGGCCGUCUGAUUGGCAAGCUGGGUCAGGUGAUCAAGGGCAUCAUGGAGCAGACAGGGACAAAGGCCAGUGUGUCAAGUAUCCAUGAAAUUGACCCAAUGAACAUGGACCGCGUGGUGACAGUGAGAGGCUCUCUGGAGGCCAUGCCAGAGGCGGAGGCCAAGAUUAGUGCAAAACUCCGAGCUUGCUAUGAGCAAGAUAUGCAGAACAUGCCUCAAAAUGUACUUAUGAUGCAGGGCAUGAACCCGAUGGCUCUUAUGCAGCCUUAUGGACCCUAUGGGAUGAGAAGCGCCCUCUAUCCACAGUUGUCCCUUUCCAGAGUUGAUGUGCACCGUAAGGAAACCGUGCCAGGCUCAGUGGAGAAGGCCAUCACCAUCUAUGGAGCACCAGAGAACUGCACCAAAGCCUGCAAAGAAAUCAUGGCUGUUGUACAAGAGGAAGCCAACAAACAGAACAAGGGGGAGAUCCCUCUGAAGAUCCUGUGCCACAACAACCUGUGUGGCCGUCUGAUUGGUAAGCUGGGUCAGGUGAUCAAGGGCAUCAUGGAGCAGACAGGGACAAAGGCCAGUGUGUCAAGUAUCCAUGAAAUUGACCCAAUGAACAUGGACCGCGUGGUGACAGUGAGAGGCUCUCUGGACGCCAUGCCAGAGGCAGAGGCCAAGAUUAGUGCAAAACUCCGAGCUUGCUAUGAGCAAGAUAUGCAGAACAUGCCUCAAAAUGUACUUAUGAUGCAGGGCAUGAACCCGAUGGCUCUUAUGCAGCCUUAUGGACCCUAUGGGAUGAGAAGCGCCCUCUAUCCACAGGUGUGUAUGCAAGGAGAGGCAGUACAAUACCAAGGUAUAUUUAAAAAAAAUGUUUGUAUCCAUGAAAUUGACCCAAUGAACAUGGACCGCGUGGUGACAGUGAGAGGCUCUCUGGACGCCAUGCCAGAGGCAGAGGCCAAGAUUAGUGCAAAACUCCGAGCUUGCUAUGAGCAAGAUAUGCAGAACAUGCCUCAAAAUGUACUUAUGAUGCAGGGCAUGAACCCGAUGGCUCUUAUGCAGCCUUAUGGACCCUAUGGGAUGAGAAGCGCCCUCUAUCCACAGGUGUGUAUGCAAGGAGAGGCAGUACAAUACCAAUACCCUUUCCAGGGCCCUGGUGGCAUGUACGGUCAUGGCGGCAGUGGUGGCGCGGGCGGCUACCGUGGCGGGAUGCAGUCCACCCAGGCGGAGACUACCUACCUCUACAUACCCAGCACUGCAGUGGGGGCCAUCAUUGGCACGGGAGGGCAGCAUAUUAACUAUGUGAAGAACGUGUCUGGAGCUGGUAUUAAGGUUGCCGAUAAGGAUGAGGACCCCAAUGCUCCAGAGAGGCGAGUCACCAUCACAGGGAACUAUGAUGCACAGUACAAGGCCCAAUUAUUGCUCUUCCAAAAGAUAAAGGCUGAGGGCUUCUUUGGCAAUGAUGACCCUACCCUGAAAGUAGAGAUCAUGGUGCCCCGCAGUAUUGUGGGACGUAUUAUAGGCAAAGGAGGAAAGAAUGUGCGUGAGCUUACGCGUAUCAGUCGUGCCAUUAUCAAAAUUGCAGAAGAGCAAACAACUCAGGGAGACGAAGUGGCUGUGCAACUAGUGGCCCCGUUUGAGAACAGUCAGCUUGCCCAGCGUAACAUUCGUUCUGUUGUGCAAAGUCAAAUGAUGCCAGGGAUGGGAGAAGGCCCCCGUGGUGGGGGCCCUGGGCGUGGCAUGGGGCGCGGGCGUGGUGGACCACAGAAUGGCCAAUAAGAAGUCACCAGAAAAGUAGUGCGACCACAAACUGCUACUAUGUUGAAUACCUCUGAACAACAGGUCAUGUUGAAAAAAAAAACCAAAGAACGGGAUUUUAACUUUUUUUUUUCCUUCUUAUUAAACUCCUGUUCUGUAGUAGUGGUUUAGUCAUUCACUUAUUUGAAAAAGAAAAAAGAAAAAGCAGAUGAUUGAAGUAAAAAUGUAAAACGUAUGUUUGUACAUAUACGUCUUAAUAUUGGUAUUUUUCUGGUUGGAAUAUUUUUUUUCUUUCACCUAUUUUUGUCUUUGUUUAUUUCUUUGACUCCCAAGUUUGCUCACGGUGUUUAUAAAAGGAGUGAUUUUACAUCUUUUGAGACACCAUGUGAUCAAAGGCAUCAAAAUCUGGUUGCAUUGACGAGUGUUGGCGUGCGAGUAACGAAGUAGAGAAAUUUUUGCGACUAUUGCAAUGUGAGAGGUUUGAAGGAAAAGGAGGCUCCUUGAGAAGGAAAAAGGCCAAUAAUAUACAAGUUUAUAUCACUUCUCAAGGAUGCCUCGGUUGAAUUUUUUUGUAGUACAUUUAUACUAUGAAGAAGAUAAAAAAAGCGUAAAAAAAGAUUAAUUUUAGACCAUUGUUGAUGUUUGAAGUAUAUCAUGGUCUUUUUGUAAGAGACGUAUAAAGGUUUAUUUUUGAUACUUGUUGAUGAUGAUCUUUUUUGUUAAACUUUUUACAAGGUGCAUAAAGCAGCGGCAUUGUUGUUGUUGUUUAUUAUAUUAUAUUGAUAAGAUAAAUGGAAACCAGCUACGUCUACACCUGAGAAAAGGUCUUAUAUAAAAGGAGUUCAGUCUUUAUGUACUCCAGCUAUCUUGAUCACUAUUCUGUAUACCACCAGCAACAGUAACAACAUGGAAACCAACUCGAUCUGGAUGAAAAGACACUUCAAAAAUGACCGCUAGAUAAUGUACGCUUGACCUCUCUCGACCAUGGAGAAUUUUUUUUUUUUUUUUUUUUUAGUUCUGUCUCUUGUCUUGGAAACUGUAUGAAGAAUCGGAUGAUAACUAAAACUAAAAAGGGGGAAUUAAGUAAAGACCAAGACCUCUAGAUCAGUUGACUCGGCAUACUGCAGCCGAGCCAAGGCCUUGGUCAUGUGACUGUUUUUACAAAACAUCAGCGUCACAGGAUAUGGAUGAUAAUUAAAACCAAGGGACGAACUGAGCUACCUUAUUACGAUUCCCAGUCAUUUGGCAAAUGAUAUGUACAUAUAUGAAAAAAAUGUACAAAAUGCUGUUUGUGGGUUGCCUUCAGAGGUCCAAAACCUUGGGAAAAGUGAAAAAUGGGAAGUUAUGUGUAAAGCUCUUAUCCCUAAGGUCGGUGCAAGAUGUUAAUUAAGUGCUGUGCCUAUAACUUUCUGCAUUGAUUAAAAAAAAAAAAAAAAAAAAGCUUGGGGUUUGUGACUGGAAGCUACCCCACCCUUCCCCCCCUUUUUGAUGAGGCCUAAAGCUGACAUUUAGGGGCACAGGGUGGGAAUGCUAGCUCAGUUCUUCCAGCUUGGAAUUGGUACCAUAAUCUUAUUUGAAGGAGGACUAUUUUGAUGCCUUUUUGCACUAUUAUACUGCCACCAGGAGUAAAAUGUUAUUGAUGAGUGUGUACUUUCGAAGCUGCACAGACUGAACCCUGGUAAGAGUGUGCAUGUAUUCUUUAUUCAUUUGUUAAGUAAAAAGAGGAGAGAUAUAAGUGGUUUAACUGAAGCUUUGUUUGGGUUGAGUCUGUGCGGUAUUUCAAUUUGGGGAAACUGGGCAGUACCAACCAAUUACAGGAUGUUUUUAAUUAUUGACACGUGCGCCCUAAUAAGGGGUUUCUGAAGAGUGUUUCCCAAAUAAGUUCAGGUAAACUGAUGACUGAAUCGGUAUCCAGUAUGUUUUUGCUACAGGUAGAGACUUGGGACAAAGGUUAAAAAGAAUUGGUUGUUGCUGCUCUUUUUCUUCUCAAAAUUCAGGCACCCUGAGAGUCACGUCAUAAACUGGGAGAAUAUGGCGCGAUCUUGCUCUCAAACCACCACUCACUAUUUCAAACAGCUAGAGCAAACUAGACGAUGAUACACAGCAAGAUGAUAAUGAUGAUAUAAUACCACACUUUACUAUGUGAUGCGAUUUCUAUUACUUCUUUACUGUAGCUUAUUUUCAAGUUGAUUGGUAAAUUUUCUCCUGUUUUUUCUAAUCCCUUAAUAUUACAUUAUUGGGCAUUAAUCCCCCUUGUGUAUCUAUUUAGCAUUGGAUGCCUAGCAGGUUUGGUGUGUUCUUAUGGCGGAAGACAGGCCUACUGUGCUCUGAUUUGUGUAGUUAUUUGCUGAUUUACACAAGUACGGUGGCCCAGAAGGACUGAAAGCUUCGCCCUCAGAAAACACCAGACUUGCUAUUUUUUCACUGUGAGUUGGCCUUAGUUUUCAUGAGACAGAAUUUGGGUCGAGUUUUUAUUUUUUUUUCGUUUUGCAAUACAUCUUCACUCAGGAGUCUUAAAAAAAAUAGAACUUGUUCUAAGGGUGGCAAGUAGGUUGAAACACCCUGGGAAUGGGUGCCAUUCUCGUGAAUUGUAUUAUUUAUUUUGGGAGAAUUAUUUCAUGAGAUUUGCACCAAUUCAGGGCUCCUCUUGUCACAUGGUCUGUUGCUAAUGUUAAUCAAGUUGCGUAGGUUGAUUGAAGGGAGUGCUCUGUAUGAUGUAAUGUAGUGACAGAAGACGCGGGCUAUUGUUAAUAUCAUUAUUAUUAUUAUGCAGUCCACCAGGGUCUAUUUAUUUCUAUUACUGAAAUUACAGCUUGUGGGAGGCUGGUGCACAAUGUAUGGCAACACAAAGCUGCUGGUUAUUUUUAAGUUUUUUUAAGAUAUUUUUUUAAUUAAUUUUAAUGGAAUCAGAGGGAUUUAUUUUUUUUCCUUUUUGUUUAUUGUUUAUUUUUUAAAAGGGAAAAUGCUUUCAUGUUGUUCAAGCUGAAAGUAAGUGCAUGGUCUACCUCAAAUCCUAUAUAAAUACAGUCAAAAACUGGUCUGGUGAAAACCCAUUUGAUUUAACUUGUUAAAUAUUCAGUCCGGGAUGGUACUGAUAAUGGAAGCCUGUUUAUAAUUUCAGUAUUUCCCCCUAAUUUCUAUUCAUAUUUGGUGUCUGUCAGAGCGCUCACUUUGUGGUCAACUUUGUGACUUGGUUGAAUGGUCCUACUGAUAGUUGGCAGCUACCUUUGUACCAGCAAGGGUCUCACAGGCAUACAGCAGGCUGAACAGACGGCACAACAUGGGCGCAGUUAUGAGAAACGGGUUCUUCUAACAAUCUUUUUCUUUUUUUGCUUCAGCACAGAUAUAAAAGUUUUAAAAAAUGCUGGGGUAAGGAAGCUCACUGAAUUAAGUGUGCGGUUCUGGUACUUGUUCAUGAAUACCACCCUGCUGUUUCAAAUCUGUAGACUAGUGUGAUAUGUUUGAACUGAGCCCAUGGGUGCCGGAAUGUGCGGUCUGCUGUAUCAGAAAUGGCACUUUAGAAGAGUGUACAUUACAAAUAGUCAACAAUUUUAACUCUUAGAUUGUCUGUUAAAACUAGACCGAACUUCACUGCAAGCAGCAGAUUGGUGUCACCUCAUGUUCAUGUGUUUGGAAUUUGGAUUAAUAAAAAAAAAAAAAGAGAGAAAUUGCAGGCUGUCUUGUUAGAAACGUGGUGCUUUGAUAUCACAUUUAGAAGAAUAAGAUGGGUAACCCCUCUUAGCCUUCCUUGGUACCCACUGGCAGGGGGGAAAGGUACCCUGUGUAAAGUGGCCUUAGUCACAUAUCAGG